CCUCAGUUAUCUGUCUGUCUGUUUGCUUUGAAAAGGGAACUGACUUCGAGUGACAUUCACGGGACACUCAGCCCCUCCUCUUAUGAAUCUUUACCUACCUCUGUAACUCAUUUUAAACGGGACAGUUAGGAGGGUCAGAGCAACGGAGAAACAUAAGCCCAAUGGAGGAAUCAACAGGCAGAUCAACCAGGAAAAAAGUUGUAGCAGUGGUUGGCGGAGGUUUGGUUGGGGCACUGAAUGCCUGCUUCUUUGCCAAAAGAGGCUUUGAUGUGCAAGUGUUUGAAGCUCGGGAAGAUAUCCGGCAAGCCAAAAUUGUGAAAGGGAGAAGCAUCAACCUGGCUUUGUCUCACAGGGGUCGGCAAGCGCUGAAACAUGUUGGAAUGGAAGAGAAGAUUGUUUCCCAGGGAAUCCCCAUGCAUGCAAGAAUGAUACAUUCGCUGAAUGGGAAGCAGUCCCCGAUCCCUUAUGGCAAGAAAGGCCAGUACAUCCUGUCAGUAGACCGAGCCAAUCUAAACAAAGAGCUGCUAAAAGAGGCAGAGACGUAUCCAAACGCAAAGUUGAACUUCGAUCACAAGCUACAGGACUGUAAUGCUGAAACAGGGCUAAUGACCUUUGUCAGGUCAGAUGGGUCCACGGAGCAAAUCAAGGCAGACCUGAUUGUAGGCUGUGAUGGAGCUUUCUCUGCCAUUCGCAAGCAAUUCCUCCGUCGCAGCCGCUUCAACUACAGCCAGACCUACAUCCCUCAUGGCUACAUGGAGCUCACCAUGCCACCCAUCAGUGGAGAGUUUGCCAUGAAGCCUAAUUAUCUGCACAUCUGGCCACGAAACACAUUCAUGAUGAUUGCCCUGCCCAACUUGGACAAGACAUUUACCUGUACCCUGUUCAUGCCCUUUGACGAUUUUGAGAAGAUCACCACAGGAGACGAAGUCAUCGAGUUUUUCCAGAAAUACUUCUCCGAUGCUGUACCACUAAUAGGAGUAGAAAAUCUCAAGAGGGAUUAUUUCCGACUGCCUGGACAGGCCAUGGUGUCUGUCAAGUGCACCCCAUAUCACAUUGAUGACAAAUGUGUCCUUAUGGGCGAUGCAGCCCAUGCAGUGGUGCCUUUCUAUGGGCAGGGGAUGAACGCUGGCUUUGAGGAUUGCAUUGUCUUUGAUGAAAUAAUGGAGCAGUUCAGUGAGGAUUUCAGUGCUGUACUACCUGAGUAUACCAGAGUGCGAGUUCCAGAUGACCAUGCAAUUGCAGACCUGGCCAUGUACAACUACAUCGAAAUGCGAGCCCAUGUGAACUCGAGAUGGUUCCUGUUUAGAAAACAUCUUGAUAACUUCUUCCACUUUGUCAUGCCAAAGACAAUAAUUCCACUUUACACCAUGGUGACUUUCACUAGGACACGGUACCAUGAAGCUGUGGCGCGCUGGCACUGGCAAAACAAAGUGAUAAACCGUGGCCUGCUGCUCAGUGCUACCGGAGCUGUUUUUGGAGCCACCUACUUGCUCAUUAAAAAUCCUCCUGAUAUCAACAAGCUCAUCAUCCCCGCUGAGAAAAUGUGGAACAGACUCAUGGCCCUCAGGAUCCAGUGAGCACCGUCUCUGAUGUGACAGACAAGUGAAAAGAAUGGAGCAUUAAACACUAGAAUGAAUUGAGAGGGUCCAAAUUUUAAUUAGAGUUUGAUUGAAUCCUCCACUGAACACAAUGAAGGCUCUGAAAGGCUCAGGCAAAUUAAUGUGCUAUUACAAUAAUUAUCCUAACUUAUACAAGUCAUAAUGAUUGAUAAUAACAUUUCAUCAACUUAAAAGAUAACAAUUUGACUUGAAGGAGGUCAACAGUGGAUUUUUUCAGUCUUUAGAUUUAAUUAUUUUUAUGCCAUUACCAUCCUCAUCAUUGGCACAAUUUUAAACAUGAAAACCAAGGUGUCAGUACUAAACUCAGUCAGAGGCUAUUGUACAUGCGGUAUGAAUUCAUAUAAAUGCUAAUACAUGAAAUGCAAAUAAAUGCUCCCUCAGCUAAUA